GCACCGCCUUCCGCUUUCAUUUCCCUGGGGUGCCCGCGUCUCCCGGCUCUCCGGAGGGCUCCGCCAAGCUUCCAGGAUGUUCACCCAGUCCCGUGCCUUAGAGGUAUACCUUUUCCAGCACUUCAAGAAACAGAAAGUAGACAUUGCUUAUGCCAUAUCCAAGCCUUUUCCCUUCUUUGAAGGCCUCCGAGACAGCUCCUUGAUCACCGAGAAAGUGUAUGGGGAAUCCCUGGAAGCCUUUUGGAAUCAUUCGCCCAUCUCAGUGGUGGUGUACAAGAUCCUCACCAUGCUGGAAAAGACAUUCAGCCUGAUGGUUUUGCAGAACCUCUUUAGUUAUAUCAACCUGCAAGAAUACCCCAAACUGCAGCAUUCUUAUCAAAGCUUCAAAAAGGCUCUCACUGAAUAUGGAGAUGGGUGCAGAACAGAUCCUAACCUCUUUGAGGUCCCCACCAGCCUAGCAGAUGGGCCCUCCUCCCUCCAGAUUCAGACCUUGGUCCCCAAGAAAAUCAGAACACACACAUGUCUUCGCGCUGAUCUGGAAGAAUCUUGCAGUCUUGCAGGCCCCAGCAUGGAGCUUCCAAGAAGCAUCCAGAAACAAAGAUUCAGUCCAGUAUCCAGUGAGAACCUGAGCUCGCUAAUAAUAGUUAACGAAGAUGUUCAAGAGAUUCCUAGUGUGGCUCCAGGCCCAGUACCAGAUGAUACCUCUGAAGCAGAUGACCUCAUAGAGAUACAGGAGGCCCCUCAGACACCUCCCAAAACACCCAAGAAAGCAAAGAAAAGAAAAAGAAGUGUCUGGUCCACUCCAAAAAAGAGAAAGUCCAAAAAGUGUCCCCUCAAAGCAGGGACAGCCACGCCUGGUCAUGAAAUUCAAGAGCAGCAGCUCCAGGUGGAAGAUUCAGCUGCCCCAAGGAUGGUUGACACCCCCAGGGACGUGACAAACAUGACAAGGUCCCAGCUGAGAAAGACCAAGUGUGCCCAGGCACUCACACCAGAGGAGAAAAAAUCGAGCCUGUCAAGUCCCUGUAGAACAUCAAAGAGAAAAGAUGUACCUGGCAACAGAAUCCAAAAGCAGCAGCUCCAAGUGAGGAAUAAGGCAACCCCAAAGAUGGACGACACCCCUGGAGAUGUGAAGAUCAUGACGAGGGCCCAGAGGGCAAAAACCAAAUAUGCUCAAGCGUCCACACAAGAGGAGACACCCACACGAAGGCGGCUGAGGCGUCGUCUUAAACAUGAGAGAGUAAGAGGCAGAGAACAGGCAAAGGUUGACAGUCGUUCCCACCUCCUGGCACAUGUGGGGUCUCUGUGUCAUGAAUCCAAGGAUGGAUUCCAGAAGCGGGUUCAGAAGACAACCCCACCUGAAAUUACCAGAGAUGAGCAUGAGGACUUUCACUUACCAGUGCUUCCCGUGACCUGUGGUAAGGCCAGAGGACUGUUAUACAAGGAGAAAAUGAAAAAGGGAAGCACUGUGAAGUGCAUUCAGAAUGAGCAGGGACGAUGGCUCACACCACAGGAAUUUGAAGGAGAAGGGCAACGGGCCAAGUCCAAGAAAUGGAAGAGAAGUCUCAGCUGCAGAGGGAAGACGCUGGAGUAUCUGCUGAAGGAGCCAGACUUGCGGGAGUGUGAGGUGUGCAGCAAGCAGGGACCCGUGAUCCUCUGUGAUGCCUGUGACCGAGCAUUCCACGGACACUGCCACAUCCCCCAGGUGGAGGCAGACAGGAGGCCAUGGAGCUGCACCUUCUGCAGGAUGAAGGAAAUUUCUGGAAGCCAGCAGUGUCUCCAGGGAUCUCAUGCCCUGGACAGGCGAAUGAGGCCAGAGGAGCAGUUGAAAUGUGAGUUUCUCCUCUUGAAGACCUACUGCCAUCCUCAAAGUGUCUUUUUCGUGAACAUCCCACACAAUAUUGAAGAUUAUGGCGAGCCCUUUAGGGAAGCCAUGUGGCUGAACCUGGUGAAGGAACGGCUAGCAGAGCACUCUUACACUGUGUCGUGGUUCGUGAGGGAUGUGCGCCUCAUCUUCCAAAACCAUCGAGAGUUCUACAAGACUUCUGAUUUUAGUUACGUGGGCCUGGAUUUAGAGGCUGAGUUUGAAAAGAACCUCAAGGAGUUGCUGGCUCUUUGUUGUACCCAAGAGAAUAGGUUCUGGAUUCCUGACACUGGCCUGGAAUAA